UUCAAGGGACGAGUACGAGAUUAGAACUCCGCUCUCAGGGUGCUCUUUAGGGUACUCUUGGAACCUGACACUUCGCAUAUCGUCCAAUACCAUCCGAGCACAGGCACUGGGGCUCCACCGUCAGCUAGGAACGACUAUCAGAGGGGCCUAGGAAUAUUGUCAGAAGGGCCUAGGAACCACUAUCAGAGGGGCCUAGGAGCAACUAUCAAAGGGGCCUAGGAGGCACCAUCAGAAGGGCCUAGGGACGACUUUUAGGGUGGUCAUGUCCUCGCGCCGGGUUGGCUUGUCGUCACCACACUGGUUACGUUCUUGGCCGGGUCUCUACCACGUGCAUUUUAUACCUUAAACUUGCGGCUCUUAGCGCGUACAAAAGGUUGACAUCUGACCGCUGCGUCACCGUCUAUGCACGCCCAGGACCAUGUCCAAAGUCUCCGGCCCGAAACGGGUCGUUGUAACCUCCGCCGCGAAACCCGGAGAUCCAGUGUCCCGAAUAUCGUCGUACGGCGUGGAAUGGUCCGGCGUGGACCGCGAUUGGGCUCACAGGGACGGUCGGCAUGAGAGGGACGUACGGGGGGAGGCGGAAGAUGAGGCGGAAGCGCAAGCGGAAGCGGAGGAAUGGGAGGGGGAAGAAGAGGAGGAGGAGGAUCCCGUGUGCCCGCUGUGCAUCGAGCACCUGGACAAUACCGAAGUUCGAUUCCGACCCUGUCCCUGCGGGUACCGCGUGUGUCUCUUCUGCUACGAGCGCAUCAAGCUGGAGCUCAACAGCCUCUGUCCCAGCUGCCGCACCCCCUACGGCGUCCCCCAGCCCCCCUCCCCUGCCGCUGCUGAUAGGCCAUCUGUAGCAGCCGGGGCAGGCGGGACAGGUGGAUUCGUAGGGUCAACUAGAGCCGCUUCAGGGAAGAAGACGAAGGGCACGGCCAAUGGGCGCGUGACAGGUGGCAGCGGCUGGUGGGAGAGCGGUAAAGGGGUGGAGAGGGUCCGUGGUGGUGGUGUUGUUGUGGGAUAUGGAGGGGGAGGUGUGUGGGGAGGAGCCGGAGGGGGGGUGAUAGUGGUGAGAUCGUCUGCUGGGGCUGGCAGGCUGUCUGUGAGUGGUGCGACUGGGAGGGCUGAUGGCCUCGGUGGAAUUGCUAAUGGCGUUGGUGGUUCUUCUCCUGCUGCCACAGCUGCCGGUGGUGGUGGUGGUGCUGCUGCUGCUGGGUUUGGUGCUGGUUUCAGCGGCGGCGGUUUUGGCAGGAUGAUUGGGGGAGUGAGGGGUUUCAAUCCGCCUAUUUCCGCCAUGGCGUCUUCGCCUCUCAUGCAGCUCUCGCCCUCCUCUCCUCUCACUGGGUCCCAUAAGUCCGUGUGGGAAAGGCCCACUGCUCUCACGCACUCCCCUCUCUCCUGGGUGUCCACGUCAUCCCUGUUGGGCCACCAUGCCCCUCUCAACUCCACGUCAGCAGCUGUUGCCACGUCUGCUGUUCGUUCUACUUCGUCCUCUUCCUCUACUUCCUCCUCCUCCUCCUCCUCCUCCUCCUCUGCUCCCUCCUCCUCCAUUCCCUCCUCUGCCGUUUUCCUCUCACACUCAGCCCCAAGUAACCUCGCCCCACUAGCAGCUACAGUCUCUUCGGCUACAGCCAUCGCUACAGUACCCGCUGCUACAGUGCCCGCCGCUACAACCGCUGCCGUGGAGCGCGCUCUAGCAUCUGUAGCCACGGGUCAAGCCAGGCGCCCAGGUCAGGUGCACGGUCAGGUGCAGGUUCAGGGUCAGGGACAACAAGGGCAGGCACAGGGGCAGGGGCAGGGGCAGGGGCUGCAGGGGCAGGGAGUGCAGGGGCAGGGAGUGCAGGGGCAGGGAGUGCAGGGGCAUGGGCUGGUCCAGGUAGGGCCGGUGAUACUGCAGCAGGGGCUGCGGGGCACCAGCCUAGCAGCAUCGCUGCCUGCCAGGAUCAGAGUGACAGGGGAUGGCGUCCUGGCUGCGCCCUGGCCGCUGUUGGGAGGUAUGGGGCUGGGAGGGGGAGCGGGACUGGUGGGAGUUGGCCUGGUGAGCCGUGCUGGGGUUGCAAGUGGUGGUGGUGGUGUGGGCGGUGUGGGCGGUGCGGGUGGUGGUAGUGGUGGGAUACUGGCAGGAUCUGCGGGUGCUGUCAGUGUUCCAAGUGUGGGGGGUACUGCUGCAAGAGGGGGAGCAAGUGGUUUGAUUAGUGCUGCUAGUGUUGCCUCUAGUGGGUUGAUUGGUUCUGGUGGUGUGUCAAGUGGUGUGUCAAAUGGUGUGUCAAGUGGUGUGUCAAGUGGUAUGUCAAGUGGUGUGGCAAGUGCCCUGGUCGCUUCCUCCGGUGCUGCCACCAGUGGGCUGAUCAGCUCUGCUGCUGGCGCGACCAGAGGCACUCUGACUGGCACGGCGGGAACGGUCAGUGCAGUCGGUGGUGUUCUGGUUAGUGCUGCUGCUGGGGCAGUGGGAGGCAGCGAAGCUGUUCUGGUUAGUGCUGCUGAUGCUGCUGAUGCUGCUGAUGCUGCUGGUGCACCA